AUGUCUGAUAGCAGAGGUCGAUCGGACAAAGGGAAACUCUCAGCAGCGAAGAAUACAACUGCACCAGGUGGUUCUUUAUUGCCAAAUACCAACGGCGAAGAACGCGAGCCAGCGAAUGAAGCAUCGGCUGAAGACUUCCGUGCCUUUAUGGAGUCUGACGAUGCAGAAGAUAAUAUCCUAGAGACUAGCGAUGAUGAUGAGCUUCCCAAACCAAAAGGCAAGGAUCGCAAGACUACUGCGGCCGCAUUAUUCUCUUCGUCAGUGUCAACAGGGGCUGGUCAACCUCCGCCAACAAAACUUCGCUGGUCGCAAGCCAAGCAUGAUGAGGCGAAGUCGAGGACCCAGAGCAAGAUAACACAGCAGAGCCCUAAACCCCGUCAGAACCAGACUGCACAUAACCCGCAGUCCUCAUCGUCAAUCAACGAAGGCUCUGCUCAGGAGGAUAACGCUGCGAGCGACGAUCCGGUCAGCCCUGUGGACUACAAUGAGGCAAGAAAGCCUACAGCCAAGGAAUUGGCCAAAAUUCCAUGCCGCAAAUGGUACAAGAAAGACGUGAAAAUCACAUCUUUCACAGGCGUCGAAUGGUCUACGCCGACUUUCAAAGCUGCUGCGCCAGGUCAAGGUCAAGCUUUCGAAGUUCAGCCUGGAGACCGCAAGACGAAGUCGGCGAGUGUAGAAGCCGCUUCUGCAGCUAGGACGGAGGAGGACGAGCAAGAGGCUGUGGGUGAUGGAGCCGAAGCUGAUGAUGAUCUGAUCAAGGAUGAGGAGGAUUCUGAAGGUAGUUCCGAAGAACGAUCAGACUGA